UUUGGGAUUUGGGACUCGCUCCUUUUCCUCGUGGCAGCGUCUUCACUCGUGUCUUCUAUCAACAGUCUCCAAUUCUCCGUUUGCUGGACGGAAGAAGAAAAGCUCCGUCAAACCAGAGGAAGCUUAUUAGGGAAUAGGGAGCGGUCGAUCUUUUUACUCAUCUAUCUGCAGACUUAUUAGAGCCGAAACAUGGAGUUGUAUGCGUUGAGUUUUCUCAUAUACUGGUUCAAUCAUGCUUCUUGCAAAUCUGAUAUUCCAGCUGGGUACAGGGUCACGCUUCCGCUCCCACCUGAAUACAACAGUGGCUUCACGGGACGAGCUUUUGUAUUGGAGACAGGAAACGAGAAUCCUGAUUUUAGGGCUGCAUUGAGCGUCGAAGCUGUUAAUGGCAGAUACUCGUGUUCGCUGCAAGUUUUUCUUGGAGAUGCUAAGGUGUGGAAUUCGGGUCAUUCCUCGCACUUCUACCCCUCCCAAAGAUGUGUGCUCGAGCUGACGGAAGAUGGAGAGUUGCAGUUGAAAGGUGCGAGAAGGCGAAUUGGUUGGAGAACCAGGACCUUUGGACAAGGUGUGGAGAGACUACAGUUACUGGGUACAGGAAAUCUUGUUCUAGCAGACGCAAUGAACCGUAUAAAGUGGCAGAGCUUCGACUUCCCAACAGACGUCAUGCUUUGGGGCCAGGUACUCAACCUUUCAACACGCCUGACUUCUUUCAGCGGCAAUUCAUCUUCAUUCUAUUCCUUGGAAAUUGAAAGUAACAAGAUAGUUCUUUACUUGAACUCCGGUAGCUGGAAGUACUCUUACUGGGAAUUUAGACCUUCCAAGGGCCAAAAUAUCGUUUCCGCAGAACUGGGUUCAAUAGGGUUGAAGCUGUUUGACAGAAAACAUAGAAAGAUUGCACAAAUGACGGCCAAUGCAGAUGAACCUGUAAGAUUUUUAGCAUUGGGGGACAAGACAGGAAAUUUGGGUUUAUAUCACUAUUCACCUGAAAUAGGCAAAUUUGAGGCCUCCUUUCAAGCACUAAACACCACAUGUGACCUUCCACUGGCAUGUGAACCAUAUGGUAUUUGCACUUUCUCCGACACUUGUGCAUGUCUCCAAUUAUCAAGAGGGUCUGGUCAUACGGUUUCCAACUGCAGCGAGGGAUUUUCAAAUGGAUUCUGCGGUGAAGACCAUGUGGAGAUGGUGGAAUUAGAGGGCAUCACUAGUGUUUUAAGAGAUAGUUCUCAGAAGGACAUUGCCAGCAAAGAGGAAUGCGAAAAUUUGUGCUUGGACAAUUGUACUUGCGUUGCUGCAUUAUAUUCUGCAACUGGCAGCACUGGAGAGCAGGGGGAUUGUAUUCUUUAUGGGUUGGUCAGUGGAGUAAAACGGCUGGACAAGGCAACAAGAAUGAGAUAUUUGGUGAAGGUUCCAAAGGGAAUGGGUGAGGUUCAUGGGAAAACUUCUAGGCUGAAGAAAUGGCUCUUGAUCAUGGGAGGGGUGGUUGAUGGAUUGGUUAUUCUGCUUAUUUUGGGAGGACUUGGGUGCUAUUUUGUAGUUCGAAAAAGGAGGAAGGCUUUAUUGGGCCAUGACGACACUUGAAAGAUUUUCCACUUUUGCUGAUUUUUUUA